AUGCAAAAUACCCGGUCUCUCAGCUCUGCCGGUCCUCCUGGGGAUUCCAUCUUUGUGGAAUUUGACAGCUCCCUACAAACUUCCGGAACUGUCGGAAAUGUUGAGCCGCGGGCUCCGCGUGCUGAAAACAAUGACGCCCUAUCCACCUCUGGAGACACUCCAAUAUCCGACUUCGACUCACCCGAAGGUUGCCUUGUUGGCGACACACAUUCUCCUGUUAGCAACACACUAUACGAUUCAGUCAAGGGUACACCUAGUGCCUCUGAUGCAGCUUUGCUCAAAGUCAACUAUGCACUACGCGUAUGUAUUCGAGCCGACUAUGUCGAAUUUUUAGAAACAAACUUGCCACGCUGGGUUAAACAUGGUAUUUGGCGUACAGUCUGGCCUCCGAGCAAAGCAAAGGGCGCGCACGGCUACGAAAGCUUGCAAAAGGCAUAUUGGAAUAUAUGCCGGUUAGACAGACAAAUGGGAGAUGAUGCUAUCAGAAGCAGAAUGGCCAUGGUUAUGCUUCACCUGGAGUAUGAAAAGGCUUGCCUCACGUGGAAAAGCCGCACAAGCACCAAAUGGGCUUCUGCCAACUCUCAAAGAAAAUCUGAAAUGCGAGCUAAAUUUCACGAUAGGAAACGGAAGAAUACCGCCGUCACCGCCAAGAUAAUCAAGGAUAUAGAGCGGGCUAUAAAAAACUCCAGGACGGGUUUGCUUGACAUUUUAAACAAGGUCAAUCCAAUCGCACAGAGCUUGUUCCUGAACCACGGAUACGAAAGCCACAAUCUUCAGAUAAAGCUACCUCUUCUCCUUGAACAACCAGACUCGUCGUAA